GAGGAAAGGAAGCAACCAUGGGUAAAAUCCGCACGAAGACCGUGAAGCGUGCUUCUCGCCAGGUGGUGGAGAAGUACUACGGCAAGCUGAACCACGACUUCUACCAGAACAAGCGCGUCAUCAUGGAUGUCACGAUUGCGCAGUCGAAGAAGCUGAAGAACAAGAUCGCUGGCUACGCGACCCACAUCAUGAAGCGCCUGGCCCGCGGCCCGGUGCGCGGCAUCUCUCUGAAGCUCCAGGAGGAGGAGCGUGAGCGCCGCAUGGACCACGCCCCCGCCACCUCCGAUGUGGACAGCGCGAUUCAGUCUGGUGUCAGCGUGGACAAGAAGACCAUGCAGAUGCUGCAGCGCCUGGAGAUCGGCGUGCCUCGCCGCGUGAAGCGUGUCGAUGCGGCUGCGCCGAAGGUGAAGAUCGCUCCUCGUCGCAACGUUCAGAAGAACAAGAAGUAA